CUGCUCUUUCCCUUCUUCACAACCAUGGACUCAUUGACAAAGAUUAUUCUCGAUCCCCAGUAUCACGAUAUACUGGCUAUUGUCAAAGGUCUCAGAAAUGGUAUUGUGUAUGGUGCCAAGGUGCGAUUCCCUCAUGCCGUCGUUAUGACCUUCCUGUUUAAAACUGGCCCAAUCAAGGAUAAACUGCGUUUCAUAUUUAAUGCUACCAAGCAACACGCAAAGAACCUGGGCAUGUUUGUUACCAUUUACAAGACUCUCCUAUUGGUUCAAAAGCACAUGAACGGAGGAAAGGAACAGGACAUACACUCCUUCUUUGCUGGCAUAGUUGGAGGUUAUUAUGUUUUCGGUACCAACAAUAAUAUUAAUCAACAGAUUGUCUUAUACCUUUUCUCACGUGUUCUCAUCGGUUUGGCCAAGGCUCCUGUUGAGCGCAAGAUCAUUGAUGCACCACAACAUACUUGGCCGGUGUUUGCUGCGUUGAUAUGGGGUGUGGUCAUGUAUCAGUUCAGACAUGAGAGAAAUGUCUUGCAACCAUCCCUUCAAGCUUCAAUGCAGUACCUUUACAACGACUCGAAUAACUGGAACUCUUUGCGCAACUUCAUAUGGCACAACAAAUAGACCAUUUACCUAGACUACGCAUAUUCUUCUUCCCAAGUGUUUCAUUAUAUCCUUUGCUUGUGUUCAAUAAAAAACCCAAGUGUUGUGUGCAGGCUAUCAUAAUGUAAUUAAACUCAGCCAAUAUCGCUUUGGGUUCAAAUUG